AUGAUUGAACCAUUCCAGACGACCUUCUCGGUCCCAAUGACCUGUGAAGGCUGCGUGAAGUCUAUCUCCAACUCUGUGAACAGCUUGGAAGGUAGUCAUCUCCCGAAAACAGCCCAAACCAACCUGUAUCAAGCUGACCCCGCGACAGGAAUCAAUAAGGUUGAAGCAAACCUCAAAGACCAGCUAGUCUUCGUCGAAGGCACGGCCCCUCCCAGCUCCAUCGUGACCGCAAUCGAAAACACCGGCCGCGAUGCCAUCUUGCGCGGCAGCGGAACUACAAACAGUUCCGCCGUCUGUAUUCUCGAAACGCACUCAACGAGCGUCUCAAACAAUAUCCGUGGACUCGCGCGCAUGGUCCAGGUCUCCUCAAACAUGACCCUCAUCGACCUGACGAUCAACGGCCUUGCGCCGGGAAAAUACUGGACAACUAUUCGAGUAGCAGGAGACAUCUCUCGGGGCGCUGAGUCCACCGGUGGUAUUUGGGAGUCUCUGAAGACUAAGGUGCUUGGCGCUGAUGCUGCCGCCCCGGCUGAGGAGUGCCGGGGCAUUCUCGGUACCGUGGAUGUUGACAAUAAAGGAAAGGGUAGUGUGUUCUUGGAUAGACCUGUGGCCAUUUGGGAACUUAUUGGCCGGAGUAUGGUUGUUUCUAAGGGAACGGAAGGCCCUUUCAAGCGUGAGGAUGAGAAUACCCUUGUUGGUGUUAUUGCGCGCAGUGCGGGCGUGUGGGAUAAUGAUAAGAUGGUUUGCUCGUGUUCGGGUAAGAAUGUCUGGCAGGAGAGAAAGGAGCAGGUUGUCUUGGGUAUGGCUUAG